AUGGUGGACCACGACAACGACGCCGACGAGACCGUGCUUGAUGAUGAGAGCAGGCUGCGAGAGAACGACCACAGCGCCACGGUGGAGGGUGCCAGCAGCGCUGGCACAGUAGGACCUAGCACAUGUAACAGUAAAAAAGAGAUGAUGAUGAGUGGUAGCGGAGCACAGGGAAAAGCAAGACGGAAUGAAUUAACUGACUGUAGUUAUGAUGUCGGGGAGAGACAAGCAGCGCGUUCGACUGGCCCGCGUGGUCAUCGUACCAAGAAGAAGCGCAGUAGCGUCUCAGCGAAGAAAGGAGCACAUAAACAUGACGGCGAUGCGAGUGGUGCGGACUCAAAGGCGCGUGCACACGGACGUCAUCGUCAUCGACGAAACCAAAAAGCACAGCAACAACAGCAACCUGAUGCAGCGGAUGAGGCACACGACAGAAAGUGCCCUUUCCCACCAGACAGCACGACGGGCCAUUUUUCGUGUCCACACGAAGGCUGCGGCCGCACUUUUACACUGCGUCGGAAUCUCCUUCGCCAUAUGAAAACCCACGAUGGCGUCAAGAAAUUCAAGUGUGAUGUGCCAGGGUGCACAGCAGCGUUUUUCAGACGGUCGGACCUCAAGCAACACAUGAUCACGCACACCAACGAAAAGGCCUUUGUGUGCUCCUUUCCCGGCUGUGGCAAGUGCUUUGCCCGACGCAGCGACUGCAAGUGCCUGUACACAGUUACCUCGUCGGUUCUCACGCCUCAGUACUGA